AUGGGACAUCAAGGAACAGACAAGGUGCAACAAAGUAUACUGCACCAAUAUGACUGGCCAGGACUGAGGGAAACUUGCGAAAGGAGGGUCGACGCAUGUUUAUCGUGUCUACAAGUGAAAGACCCGAGGAAGAUGAAGUUCCCUCUCAAAUUGGUGGAAAGAUCAGAAUUCAAUGAGGUCGUACAGAUAGACCAUCAAAAGAUCUGCAUUACGGAAUUAGGAUAUAACCAGAUAUUGGUUAUCAUAGAUCACUUCAUGAAACUAGCGGAAGCAGUACCGAGUCAGACGGCCUCGUUUAAAGAGGAAGCUGAAGAACUCUGA